AUGGAGGGCGACGGUGCCUUUACGUUCUACCGCCGUUGGCUGAGGCUCGUCGGUGUAUGGCCACUGGAGGAAAAAAACCCGCUGCAGACCCUUCGCUACUUCACGGCCGCCCUGGCAAUGGCCAGUUUAUUCGCGCACACGCUCGCGGAGAUGUACCUCAGCGAAGCGCCGAUCUCCGGGAUGGCCGACCUCCUCGUAUUCUGCUCCUCGGCGUUUGUCGCCCUCGUCAAGCACAUGUUCAUGCACCUCCACGGGGAUAAGCUGGCCGUGACCCUCAAGUCGUACCUAAACGACUGGACGGACACCAAGAACGAGGGCUUUCUGAAGAUCAUGAGGUCCCGAGUGAGGAUGUACAGGUACCAAUUUCUCGUGUACUACUCGGUGGGUUACGUCGGGACGACCUUAUUUUUCCUGCGUACCGUAGUACUGAACGCGAUGAGGCAGCGCCAGAGUACGGAUGAAGACGUCGAGUUGGCACUGGUCUGCCAAGCGUCGUACCUGUCCAAGGAAUCGGUAGCCAAGUAUUACGUGCUGAUAAUGACGAUCCAGUACCUGCAGAGCAUGUGCGUGAGCACCAGCGGGGCAGGAACCGAUUGCUUCUUCCUGGCGAUGGUGUUUCACUUGUGCGGACAGCUGGAGAUACUGAGGAAGAGGUGGAGCGACGCGGAUGCCGUGCGCUUGUUGGAUGGACCCGGUCGCAGGGGACGGGUGGUCGAGCUCAUCGAGAGGCACAGACGACUCCUGGACGUGGGGGACAAGUUGGAGAUGAGCUUUAACGGUAUCGUCGUUGUCCAGCUGUUGACCAGUAUCGUGCUGAUCUGCAUGAGCGGUUUCAGCGUUCUCGUGGCGCUGCAGGGAAGCGACUACGCGACGGUGUUGGUGAGCGUCAACUGCAUCUUGUUCAUGAUAACCGAGAGUUUCAUCUACGGGUACGCGAGCGACGAUCUGAUGGAGCAGAGCGAAAACAUCGUCCAGGCGGUGUACUCGUUCGGGUGGUACGACGCCGAUCCAGUGACCAAAAAAGACAUCGGCUUCGUGAUAAUGCGAGCUCGCUUACCUCUGCGCAUCACGGCCGGCAAGUUCUUCGCCGUCACCCGUAACACCAUCGUACAGCUGCUCAAGACGACCGCGUCGAUACUCUCCGUUAUGCGGAUCACUCUCACUGCUACUAUUGCGGAGGAGCUCCAUACAGUUUGA